AUUGUUACAUGCUUCAUCAGUUCAAUUUUGCUCUACAAUAGUAAAACAACAGCCAACAACAAGAACCCACAAAAUGUUCAAAUACUUCGCUCUCGUUUUCGUCGCUCUCUUCGCCUUCGCCGCAGCUGAGCCUAAGCCAGCUGUAGUCGCCGCUCCUUUGGCCUACUCUGCCCCAUUGGUCGCCUCUCCUUACGCUGCCGCCUAUGCUGCUCCAUAUGCCGCUUACGCCGCUGCUCCUUAUGCCGCCUACGCUUCACCCUACGCCGCCUACUCCGCUUACCCAUAUGCCAGCGCUGCUUAUGUGCUCCGCAAGUAGAUGGAAAGUAGUGGAAAUCUGUGAUAGUAUCAAUCGGAAUCGGAAGAGUACAAAGUUUUGAAGUUACUCAAAUGAAAAUGGAAAAUGAGAUAAAGAAAUAGAAAUAAAAAAAAUAAAAUACAAUGAAACCCCUAAA